AUGGGCAAUUCAAGAAGUAGCUACGAACGUCAUGAAGACGAUGAACAACAACAGCGAAUAGUUAUUGGAAAAGAAUUUCGUCUCAUUCUCGGACAACUGCAUCUAUCAUCGGAUUUAGUAAAAAGAAAAAAAACUCUUUCACAGCAUAAACAAUCUUUUCCUCGAAAAGUUUCUUUGUCUUCAUCAAACUCAACAAUAACAUCAUCAUCAUCGUGUGAUCAUCAUAACUCAUCGGUUUAUUGUAUUCAACUUGAUAUACCAGCUACUCCAUUCGAGUCAAAUGAAAUCGAUACUCAUGCUCUUCUGCAAUAUUUACUUCUUCAAGAUUCGUAUGGUAAAGAACUUACACAUAUAUUUAAAAUUCCCGUUAAUCUAGCUAAUAACAAUCAAAAAUCUCAAUCGAAAACAUUGCCAACACUGAAAAUCGCUGCAGUUUAUUAUGAUCAAUCAUCAACAACAAGCGAAUUCUAUAUUGAAACGGUUUCUUUACAAUCAGAAAGUGAACUUGAAGAAAAAAUUGAAGAAUUCAAUGAAAAACAUAUCUUAUGUAUCUAUACAUCAAAAUUAAAAGCUCAUAUAAUCUAUGGGAAAAAACUAAUGCUAGGUAAUCGAUAUAAAUUAACUCGUUCGACAACAAUGUCAAAAACAAUAUUAGAAAAUUUUGAAUGGCUUCAUCCAUUUAUCAACUAUUCAAAUUUAGGCUAUCGCUUAUGUGGAAUAAUACCUCUUAUGAGUUCUUCAUUGGAUACUUCAUUUACCAUUUAUUGGUUAUUCGAACAAAUCGAAACGAAUGAAACCAUUCAAUACGACUACUGCAUAAUUGAAUAUCAAUUAAAACCUUCUUCAUUGAAUAGUUGGACUUCAUUACUUAAUUUAAUGUCAAAACAAGAAUGGAGAUUAGUAGCAACAUUCGAUUAUAAUCAAAAGAAGAAAAAUGGCGAACAAACAUAUUUUUUGCUUUUUUUUCAAAGAAUAAAAUAUUAG